CCGUGGAACCUCGGGACAGGACAGAGAUGAAGAGUCCCGUACAGACUGUGAUCAUUCACCACACAGCGCUCCGGUACUGCGACAGCGUCUCUCAGCUCGCUCACAUCCAACACAUGCACAUGCAAGAGCGGGGCUUCGACGAUAUCGGUUACAACUUUCUGAUCUCUGGAGAUGGGAUGGUGUAUGAAGGGCGAGGAUGGGGGAUUGUAGGGGCCCAUGCAAAGGAACACAACUUCAAUUCUGUUGGCAUCGCGUUCAUGGGCAACUUCAAUGAUGAAAUGCCCAGUUCUGCAGCACAGUCUGCUCUGCUGAGAUUGCUGCACAUUGGAGUGCUUCACGGUCAUGUGUGGCCCAAUUUUGUGCUUGAGGGACACCGAGACGUGGCAAAAACGGAGUGUCCGGGGGAAUAUUUAUACGCUCUACUACCAAAACUAAGAGACCAGUUACAAAACCAAUGAUCUCUUUUCUAUGCAUAUACAUUGCAUUAAAUCCCUGCUGUGUGUGUAGCAAUGUGUGAAUGUGAAAAUGUAUGAUAGGUUUAAUUUUGCUCUAAAAUUACAUGUUACAGUCUUGUGUGCCUUGUUAAAAUCCCUUAAUAAAAUCUCCUAAAGUAAUACUAAUGGAUUGAUUUUAUCAAAAUUUUUAACCAAUCCUGAAGGGCAUAAUUAAGAGUCCUACUGGGG